AUGUAUCGCUCAUCCAUUGCUGGGUUCAAGAUUGAUAUGCGUUUUCUGUAUGACACUGAUGAGCAGGAGUAUGAUAUUGGCGCUGGCGAGGCUGCCAAGGCUUACCAAGAAGCCAAGUUGGUGGAUGACCUGAGCAAAUUGAUUAGAGAAUCAAAGGAUGUGCUAGAUGGAUUGAUGAAUAUUGUCUUGGAUGAUCACACGGCCAACAAGCUCGAGUCAUGGUUUCUCCAAAUGUGCGCCAAUAAUUUGUGA